GGGGCUGAGGGAAGAGGCGGGGCGCCAUCCCGGUCCCACGCUACUCUUGUGUGGGGAUGGAGCCGGGGGCUGCCAGGAGAUCAGCCACUGGAGGGCGACAUGAUCCCAGUCACACAGGCGAAGUUCUAAGCCUGCUAAAUCGGGCAGCACGCAGCCAGCAAGCACCGCCAGCCAGCAGAGGAAUUUCUGCAUAAAGUCACUGGAGUGAAAUUCCUAGGGACACUGACGAAAGAGGAUGUGCUCUGAAAAAUCCUGAUUAUCUCCUAGUUAGACUGCUAUCCCCUUAGAUAUCCUGGAGAGCAAAGUCCCUUCUCAGUGGGGAAGCUCAUGAAAAAAUGGAUUGGCCGGAGAACCUGACCAUCACAUGGGACUGCCCAGGAAUCCAGAAGUCAUGAAAGGCUCUUACGUGCCAGCAGGAGACGAUGAAAAGGAACAACCAUCACAGCACAGAAUGCACAGACAGGAGGUGAGAGUGACAGGGACUUCUGAAGAGGCCCUUUGUGUGAUUCCCAUAGAAGAGCCCAGAGAGGUAAGGGAACAGAAACCCAUACUGUUUUUCAUUCAGUUUGGGCUCAGUCCAGCUAUUUUUUGUAAUAAGCAUAGCAGGAUAGAAACGAUUGUUAUACUUUGUGUAAUUUGGUAUCCCAAGAGACAAAACACAUAAACCUGGAGCAUCCAUGGGAUGCAGCCAAAGCUGGAGCCUGACAUUUUUUCUGCAGGCUAACUACCAGAAACUCUGUCAUAAACCAUCUUUGACUGUAAGGUUUUGUCUCUAACACUAGGAUAUUUUUCAUUAUAUCUCCUCUGCUUUUACCUCUCUGUGGUACUACUGGUCAGGAUUUGGAUCCCACUGAGGUUUCUGUCCUGUUUGGAGCCCACAUCAGGUUGGUAUUUAAUGACUCUGAGACGUUCCCCCUUGCCAACAUAGAUUAUUAGCUGUUGGAGGGCACAGAGUGACUGUACAAAACCGCAUGAAGGACUGCAGGCUAUAAGGAAUAUUAAAGCAGUAAAUGUUCUGCUGGGAUUUUUAAAGCAUGGCAGAGCACUGGACUGGCAGAUGUCAUCAGCUGAAUAGCUGAGCCAUAGGCUGGCAAAGCACAAAAUCGGCUUUGGACAAAAGCAGCCUUUUCUGAAAAUGCAGAGUUUCCUAUUCAUCUCAACAAAUUGAACUAGUUCAUUCAAAGCUGAGACAAUAUGGGAGCUAAAAAAAAUAGGAGAGCUAGUUUUUCCUGUCAAUCUGUAAAUACAAGAGUAGAUGCUAAAGAAUGAUGUGCUAAUUGCACAACUCUGAAGAGCUGACAAAUGGAAAAAACAACUACUGAUGAAUUAUUUUUUCUUAAGAGUGUCAUUUUAAUUUUAAAUGGUUAAUGUUUAGGUGAUAGACACAUCAAGGGAAAAAAAUAAGUAGGUUUUAGCAUUAAAAGAAGAAAAUGAAUGCUUUGAAGCUUUAAAGGCAUACUUAUUUUCUCCCAGAUGCAACCUGACGUAUUUCAGGUUAGAAAAAGAAACCAACCAAACAAAUCUGUCUAAUCAGACACUAUUUCCUAAUACACAAAAAUUAAGAAUCCAAACACUAAAUUUAUAGAAUAAUACAGAGGAAUGGCUUUCUGCUUCCUGCCUUUACUGCUAUGGCUGCAUAGUGACAUACCAUCACAUUUUAAUGCAACCAGCAGAAGGAAAUGAACGUUUCUUUGUGAAUAAGAAAGCACAAGUGUAAGAGAAGAUUAAAAUUGAUUUCAGUUAAUAAGAUUUUCUUCUUUUCAGCUUAAAUCAUUUUGAAUUUCAAACACAGGAGUACAACCAACUCACACAAAGAUACAACCUGAAUCCUUGUUGCAAAGACAACCCACACAACACUGCUAGAAACCACUGACUUGCAGGAAAUAGCCAUGAAAAUUGGUUAUCCCAGCUCAGCUGUGUGUGGAUCAUCUUCUACCAGAAGGGGCCAACUGCUAAGGAAUGGCUGCCUCCUUCUCUUGCCCCCUUUCUCUCGGGUCUUUAUUCCUUUCCCUUUAUCCUCCUGCCCAUCACUCACGGAACCUUACCUAAUGUGUUAAGCCUCUUCUUUAUGGCAUUUCCAUGGCUACUGAGAAAUUGUAAAACCUCAUGGGAAACAAGUUACUUAUCUCAGCGUGGAAGAAAAACCCUCUGACUGGGCUCUCCAGGAAAUCUAACAAGCAAGUACCACAAACAGUACCCAGCCAGAUUUUCCCUGCCAGCCCGUGGCUCGAAGAUCUAGUUCACUAGCACCAGCGAGUGCUUCUCCCUGGGAUUAAUUAAAGAUCUCUCUGCUACAGCCUGCCUUAAAUAUGUAGGGCAUCCAGAGACAAUUAAUGGGGAUCUGUGUAGCCUCCAGAUUGUGGAAGAUGAUUGAAAGAGAGGGGGGGGGAAAAAUCUUGCAGUGUCACCCUCUGUGUCUUGUCUCCAGUAAGUAACAUCAAAGUACUCUGCACAUUUUAACCCAUCCGGAAGGCAGCUUUGGUGCCUCCCUGGGCUAAGUCACCAUGCAGAGAUCUGCUUCUGGCUUCUCACCCUUUGCUGGGUAAGCAUGGACAGGCUGCAACUUCUUCAUGCCUCUCUUUCUACACACUUAAAAGGAGGGAAUUCACCUUCCUUUGAAACCAAACUACAGCAUGAAGGCGUUAUCUUGCAAUGUGCUUUGAUUUAAAGUAUGCUCCGGGGAAAAUAAACGAGACCACUUAACGAAUGAGAAAAGCAGAAGAGACACAGCGAAUCUCCCACUUCAUCAAUACACGGUUCUAUUCCCUUCCUCCAGCUCUCCUACAGGAUGCAACUGAAAGAUACGCUUUUGAACACCUACUGAAAAGGACAGAGGUGAUGCGUGGAAGGACACACACACACACACACACACCGACCCACCCCUGGGCACAUCAGCGCUGGUUAAAGCCACCUGCAAAGCACUGAGAUGCUCUGUCACCUCAUCGCGGGACAGACGCUGACUGCCCUCUGUGCCGGCUGAACUCACCGAGCAUUUUUAAGUAAGAAAACACGACUGUGGCAUCACGGCACAAGAUGGCUAUGUUGGGGACACUGCGGGCUGCGCUCUCCUGCUUCGGGAGACCUAAAACAACAUGGAAGAACGCGCAGUGCUGGGAAAAGUACACUUUCUUCACGAAUAAAUAGAAACGAAGCACAAUGCGAUAGACUACAACACAAUGAAACGCUCCCUUAAAGCCAGCGCGCUACGGAUGGAGCCAGGUGGAGGGCUUUGUUGCAGGGAGGCAGCAGGUUGCAGUGUUGUUAUUGCAUCUCGUAGAUUUGACCGAUUAAAAGCCACUGCAGAAGAACUGAAUAAUACAUUUUCUUCAAUGAGUCCUGCCAAAGUGACUCCUAUACAGUGCAAUAUCCGUAAAGAAGAGGAGGUAGAAGCUUUGGUGAAGACUACACUGAAUCUGCAUGGGAAGAUUGAUUACCUGGUGAAUAAUGGAGGGGGCCAGUUUGCAAGUCCUUCUGAAGCCAUCCGUGCAAAAGGCUGGAAUGCUGUGAUAGACACAAAUCUGACAGGGACUUUCUAUUGCUGCAAAGCAGUGUACAAUGCCUGGAUGCAGGAACAUGGAGGAGUCAUUGUCAACAUUACUGCUGCCGUGAGAAAUGGGUUUCCUGGAAUGUCGCACUCAGGAGCUGCAAGAGCAGCAGUGGAUAACCUAACCAAGACUUUAGCUUUAGAAUGGGCCCACAGCGGGGUACGAAUCAACAGUGUUGCUCCUGGAAUAGUAUUUUCAGAAACUGCUGUUGCCAACUAUGGAGAACAGGGUGCAAUUAUGUGGUUGAAGAGCAUACCAAAGAUUCCUGCCAAGAGAUCAGCAGUUCCUGAGGAGAUUUCUCCUGCGGUGUGUUUCCUGCUAUCUCCAGCUGCUUCUUACAUAACUGGGAUAACCAUGGUUAUAGAUGGCGGCCAAAGUUUAUAUGGCACUAGCUUAGAAAUACCAGAUCACAACAGAUGGCCCGCACCACCAGAAGGAAGGAAUUCUGAAAUGCUUAAAAAGCUUAUUUCUGGUGAAUUGAAGCCAAAGCUGUAGUAGAACGAAAUUUCAUUUUAUUCCCAGUUGCACAGUGCUGAUAAUCUUACUUUGUAACUUGGUAUUAUAAUUACCAGUAACCUGAUUUUUGUUUCUUUUUUCCUAAUGACUACAUAGAUUUUCAUUGUCUCACAUUCUCAUGUUUAAAACUUGAGAAGGUGCAUAGGACAUCUUCUCUAACAAACACUUGCUGGCCUUUGGAAGGUAUAAAAUCAAUUCUUCAUUUGCACUGCCACUAAGUAAGGAAGAAUCUCAGUCAGGAAUGGUUAAAAGAUACCUACCUUGAACUGAAGGGACAGGAAGAGAAUGUUACAGAAUCAUUUUCCACAGAAUGAUUCUGGGGAGGAGAUUUAAGUCUUUGUUAUUGGUACCUGCAUCAGUAACCCUUGCAGUGGCUGUUAGCUGUGUAUUGUUUCUGUUCAACCACAAUCUGAAUGCUCAUGAUGAUUUUAAGGAUUGAUGAAAGAAAUACUUACGAGUCUUACACUUAUCAGUGUAAAUGCUUUCUAUCUAUACUGUGUUCUCUGCUGAUAUACUGUUUUUGAAAAACACCUUUUUUCAUUAGCAUUCCUGAAACAGGUGUCAUUUUUAUGCUGAAUGGAGAGUUUCCAUUAAAAAAACACAAAACAAGCAAAUAGGUCUUAGAAUAUGUUACUUGAAGAGGCUGUUUGUUGUAAUUACUUUAAGGCAAAUGUUCUCAUGUCUGAUAACUUUGAUUAAAGUAUUAAAAUAAAUGACUUGUAACAACUGAAA